CUCCACUUGCCCCAGUGCCACUCCGGAUAUGAUCCACAAUCCUGUGUGCUAAUCCGGCCGGUGUCUGUUGUAGCAGUACUAGUACCUUCCAGUACUGUCCAAACAAAGUCAAGCACUCAACUCAAGCCCCGCUGCAGACAUAUAUAAAUACGACCAGAUCCAUCGAUGAUGCUUAUCACUUAUCAACUACUCUUCGGUACUAUUCGCAAGUACACAUUCUUGUCUAUUCGAUCCUACCACAUCCAUCUCAAGAAGAAGUUGAUCAUCCUAAUCCUAGGUAGAGCCUAGAUGGGGUCUCUGAUGGCCGGCUGGGAUUCGCCGGUUCUUGGCCAUGACACCAAAGGUAGUGUGUUGAGGAACCGGUCGCUAACUAAGGAGGAGGUGGAGGCCUUCUGGCGGCAGCGCGGGAAGCCGGCGACGGAGGACCGCGGCGGCGAGACCCUUGCCGUCGACGUCACCUCCCCGCUCGCGUCCCCUGGUCGACCUAUGGAGAAGAGCCCGCUGGGAAGCUCGCAGAGGAGCAGGUCACCGGCGUCGUCUCCAGUGGCUGGCGGCCACGAGGAGGGGGGCCCAGCUGACGCCGGCAAGAUCCGGGACUGGUGGACGAGGAGCAACUGGGCCUUCCUCAACGAGCCGCCGCAGGAGGAGAGGCCGGGCACGGCGCACACCUACACGCCGCAGUUCCAUCUCGCCGCCGGCAACGCCUGAACGGACAUGCCCGUAGAGUGUACGCAAUACUAGUACCACGUCACGUCACGCUGCUGGAAUGCCUAGGCUAGGCGUACUGCCUGCACCGCAUGGAGAUGCACCAUAUGGGUGAUUUCCCUGUAAAAUAUGCCUUGUACAAUAUAUGUAUUGCAAAUGUAUAUGUAAGUUGCGUAUGGAUUAUGUAAGUAAAAUACAGAGUGAAUUUCAAAAAGAUAAAACUACAAGUUAACUUG